CCCAUUCGCACCUACCCAAACGGGACAGCGGUUCCUACGAUAGGGACACCGCCCGACGCGCCUCAGCCCACGCCGUUGCGGCCGCCCCACACGACGCCACCGGCAGAACGACACCACCGCCUCCCUGCCGCCAUCCCCGCCUAUCCACGCGACGCUGCCGCUCACCGCCUCCUCCCCACCCGACGCAGCCAUUGCCAAGACGCAUUGUUCCACGUCCAGAUCCAGGCAAGCGAGGCGAGCUGGAGGCCGAGGCUGGUCGUGAUGCAGACGACGCUGGGCGGGGCAGCGGCGAUCUCCGGCCGGAUCCGGUCGAGGAAGCAAGCUAGGGCCCAAAUCCUAUUGCGAUUACGGCGUGUAGUCGAUCUAGGAGGCACGUGAGGAGAUCCAACCGCGGGUUUGAACUCCAAUAUCAUGGCGGCGGCGUUCGUCGCCGGUUCCGAGCAAGAUGGCGAGCUCCGGCGGGGUCUCUCCAUGGCGAAGAUGGUGCCGCACUUGUGAGAAAGACAGAGGUGAGGGGAGAGAUAGAAAGGAAGGAGGAGAGGUAGGGAGAAAGAGAGGGAUUUGGGUGGUCAAUUCUGAAACUUGGAAUUGUCGUCUCUUUUCUAAAAAUCUGAACUUUGCCACUUGAUUGUGCCCAGUUAAAAUGGAUGAGCAGGCCGGCUAGGUGGAGUACUCUGAGACAUGUGUAUACUGACAAAAAAUUGAUUUAUUUUAUCUGGUCUCUUUACUUCCCUGCGUACCACAACGCCUAUAGCUACAGGCUGAUGUGAAGAGGCAUCUAAAUAAGAUGUACUUGGACGCGUCAAGUCAGACUUAUAAUGGCCGCCUGCUGUGUAGAAUCACUUCUAGACGUCAAGGUAAAUAACUCUAGAUCCAUUGAUUCUUUUUGUAUUCAUUUUUGUAAAUACUCAAUAUUGCAACAAAUAAUAAAAGAAUGGAUCAAAGAUACUUUUAGAGUCUUUUUUGGCUUGAAAAAAAACACACAAGUGCAUGGUACUGAAGACAGUUUAGCAAAGGAGUGGAAACUUGCAGCAACAUCUCCGACACCCUCUGGAUGAGGUGCGGGUAGAUCGUAGCUGAGGGCGCGGUGCUGAACACCGAGGUAUGCGCUUCUCUCCUUGCCCUUCAUGCUGGCAUCAACGAGGCCGAAAGAUCUUCAUGCCGGCAAUGUGCAAGCGAAAGUAGAAAUUAACAGCCCUCCAUUUGUGUUUCUACAUGGUGGGAGAUAUACGCACAGAACCGGAGUGCAUGCAUGGCUGCAAAAGAAUCAGGGUGCUCCAUGCUCGAGAGUAGCAGUCGGACUAAAAAAAUCACAACAUUCGCAGCUACAGCAACCACUUGACACCAAACCUUAAUGUGUUCGCAUUAGCUUCACCAGCAUCAUUAACUAAUCUCUCAUAUUAUAUGAACUUUUUGCAAUGCAAUUCACAGUAGUUUCAGAAGCAAAAAUUGAUGUCUAUAACUUAUUUAGGACAACGGUAUAUAACAACACAAUAGAGAGAGAUGUAGAGAGCUAUUUUUUCAAUACUCUCAAUAUUUCCAUUCCCGAUUGAACAUGUCAAAGUAUGACAUUAUGCUUCUUUUUUCUUGCUACGUAAUCAACUUUAAUUCAGAUAACGCAAUAAUGAAUGUUGAAAUUACUCAUUUCAGUUGAGUGCAUUUUUCUAUGUCUCUUAAUUGUUGUAGGCGAAGAUGAAUUCCUGAAGUGUUUGAUUCUUUAAAAUGCAGGUUCACACAUAUGGAAGCUGUGGAGGCAGAGAUAGGUAGCAUGCAACACACAAUGUUAGUGUCUAUUUGAUGUGGGCGGGGGGUUCGCCCCCAGCGGCAGCGGCAGCGGUGGCGACGACAGCAACAAGAUGCGCGACCGCAGCAUCAACGCGACCAUCGUGCUCGGUGCCAGCACCUACACACUCACCAAGCUCCUCACCAUCGACCAGGACUAUGGGUGGACUAUCUUCGAGAUCCUGUGGUACAUGCCGGAGCACAACUGGUCGGCCUACGAGGAGGCCCUCAAGGCCAAUCCCGUUCUUGCCAACAUGAUGAUCAGCGACUUCGUUUAUUCCCUCGGCGACUGGAUAGCCCAGUGCUACGAAGGCAAGCCCAUCUUCGAGUUUGACCGUACUCGCAUGUUCCGGUCUAGCCUCGUAGGGUUCACCCUCCACGGAUCCCUUUUGCACUACUACUACCACUUCUAUGAGUGCAUCAAGGAUGUCGUUGAUCUUUGCGGCUUCGCACCUGAAGCAACCAACAUCGCGCCUCAGUUGGCUAGGGAGAUAACCUCUUCACUGGCAGGCAUCAGGUGUGUGUUUGCCUUUUCUGUUAGGUUCAGGCUUCAGUACUCACUACUGAGUACAUUAAUGCACUUAAUUGGGAUAUAAAUUCCAAACGGGUCUUGACCACUUUAAUUGGGUCACGUGGAAUCAAAGAGGGUGAGAUUUGAUGUGACAUUGUAUGCGUAUAUGUUUGAAAUCAAGAAUUGAUACUAUACCAAUUUGCAUAGAACUAUCUACAUCUAUCAUACCUUCCCUGUUAGAUGCCAACUCUUAUUUCUAGAGCAAAGUGUGAUCAAAAUCAUAAUUAGUUGGUCGGUAAUGUAUUCACAACAGUGAGUUGGUGACAUGACAUGACGAAUAAGACAUAGAUAGUGCCCAUGCCAAGUUGUGUAUGAUACACAUGGUCGGGCAAUUGCAGUGGCAAGAAAAGGAAGAAAAACAUGCCAACGUCAAAUAGACACCCGCAUCCAUGACUGUCUGAUCACCUCCACGUGAAUAGUUUUGCAUACCAUUGCAGUUAUAUUGGAUCCUUAUGGAUUUUACUAACCUUAGUACCAUAUGUUCUUUUUAUCCCUCGUGCUUGCAAGAUGAUUCUACGUCGUACCUGUCAGGUUUAGCUCAACUUGCUGUUAUUGAGGUAAUAGAGUAUAUCUUCCGAGCUUGCCAAACUUUUCAUAUACAUAAAUAUUGCAUGCCUAAUUAUUUUUAUUAUUGCUUAUUACUUAAGAUUUUGUCUGCUAAUUGGCUCACAAAAAAUAUAUUAGUGUUCCCUUGCUAUAUCAUUUUUAUAGCUUCUAUUGCAGUGUGCACCCCUGCAAGAAUGAAAUUAAUUCAUGUUCUUAAAUACUUAAUUAAAGCAUUUAUAUAAAGGAAUGUAGUGUCCUGUUUAGAUGAGGAGAUUAUUAUUCCUCCAACUUGUGCUUAGCAUGUGUGGGUCAGGAUUAAGGAGGCCUUCACACACAUCAGACAUACACACCACUGCGGCUUAAUCUACUUAUUCUUUCUCUAGGUUGCAUUUUAGAGCAUACACCUUUUACUUUUAACACAUAUAUUUGUGAGGUGCAGGUUUUGUUACACAUCACUAUAAGGACUUGAGGUGAUUCGUGGGUUGUAGGGCAUGGGGAGCUUCACAAUUAUGUUACAUAUUUAAUGUAUCACAAGAUUGUUGUGGUUACUUUUCAUUAUUUGGUUACACAGUCAUGGUAGAAAAAGUUGUAUGUAUAGCUUGUGAUACAUGGUGAUGCAUCUUUGUGAUGUUAAUUGUGCGCCCCAUUUAUUGAUGCUUUGACAGUUUUUGAUUUA